GGUAAGAUGAUGACUAAAGACAGUGACGACGAGUAAAACUAUGACUGCCUUCUUAUUUCGUACAGCGCAUGGCGACUUCUUUUGCUUCGAUUUCCGCACAAGCGUCGUCUUUGUGAUGAUAACGUCAGGAUACCUUCUCUUUCACUACAUCUUAUGAUUGAUGUCGAAACACGGAAGAAUUAUUUCUGGUCUGACGAAGCCAAACCUGCAAAUGCGGCCAUUUGGACCGAAUCAUCACGCGACUAGCUCUACUGUCCCCAAUCCAUUUGGAUCAGGCAAGAUCCCCUUGCCUGGUCGGAUCAAGGCCCCCUUUCCUUUGUGUCUCUGCUUCAUGCGUAGGCGCGCUCAGGCCGGUCAAUUUGCAACAACACUGGAGGAGAGAACACGGCAUAACUUUACACCAGCGAUGCAGUCCACUCUGGGUACUGCAGGAGCAGCUUGCUGGGAAAGGGAUCACUCUCUGGCCCUAUUUCACAGGAUGUUCUUAACGGAGCGUUGGGAGAUCAAAAUCAUCCAGUCCUGUUCUAGCUCUCUGCCUCCCCAUGCCGUUAGGCGUGGAGGGGUAGUUGUGCUGUACAGGACCGGUCGAGAAUCGAAGGCAUCAGUUCCUUGAGUCUACGUCUUGCGGCGAGAUUCUCGCGGCCCUGGCCAGUGGAACUGAUGCCCCAGAGCCUCUCGGAAAUUACUGUAUACGCAAAGUAGUCUUAUGUUAGCUUUUUUGAAUAGACAAUUUUGGUUCCCACACCCGCC